AUGCGGGUACCAACUGGGGCUCCAGUGCCAUUUUGGCUGGCUGUACGAAACAAGAUGCCAGCACUGAACAGAUUCUCACGACCAUCUGUUGGCACUGUUGCUGUAAUCGGCACAGUAGUGCUGACCACCGCUGCUGUUUUCUUUGUGGCUUUGUAUCCGAAAAUAGAAAACGACUACUAUAAAAAAGCUCAAGCGGAGGAAAGAGCUUUACUGCGAGGAACUCGAGAAGAUCUGGCUCAUGGCCAACGUAUGUCCGAAGAAAACCCUUCUCCACGUGAACACGAUGAGGAGGAGCAUAGUAACGACGGUGCUGAACAUGAAAAACCCGCCAUUGUAACAAAUGAUUACAAUCUGCAACAGUUUGCGGAUGACACUGAAUCCCUCGAGCUGAAUCACACUCGGGCUGACCAUAUCCCGGAUCUUACGCGAUUUACAAAUUUGAAGGAACUGAUUCUUCGCACCAAUCUACUCAAGUCCAUGGGUACAAACUUGCGUCCACUUACCAAUCUUACGGAGCUGGAUUUGUAUGAGAACCAGAUCGACGCCAUUGCAAAUUUGGAACCGCUUGUCAAUUUGAAGAAGCUCGACCUAAGCUUUAAUAGGAUACGCGAAAUUGAGGGACUUUCAACUCUUACCAAGUUAACACAUUUGUAUCUAGUCCAUAACAAAAUAUCGGAAAUUAAGGGUCUCGAUGCACUUUCAGAGCUAGAACUUUUAGAACUGGGCGACAACAGGAUCAAACAGAUUGAAAAUAUUUCUCAUCUCGUGAAAUUGCAAGAGCUGUAUGUUGGCAAAAAUAAACUUCCACGGAUAGAGGGACUCGAAACUUUGAAGAACCUGAGGCUGCUCAGCCUACCGGCAAAUCGCUUCACUAAGGUGGAAAACCUGGAAACUCUCACUAAUCUCGAGGAAGUUUAUCUCGAUGACCAGGGAAUUGAAGAUAUCUCCCAUCUCGCUCAUCUGGCAAAUAAUAAUCGCAUUUCGAGCUGGGCUGAAGUAGAAAAGCUUCGAGGAUUGGAAAAAUUGGAUACAGUAUACCUGGAGAGGAAUCCCAUCUAUGAAGAAGAUCGAACUGGUUACCGAAGAAAAGUGAUGCUCACUCUUCCACAAGUAAAGCAAAUCGAUGCUACAAUAAUGAGGCUCCUAUUCCUCGUUGCUACACUCAUUGCACUGGUGAAUGCGGACCGAACUCUUGUGCUGGUUGAGUGUCUGAGUGCUAGAGAGACUCAUUCGUCCUUCUUUCGCUCACUUCAAGAUCGUGGACAUCAACUAGUUUUUCGUACUGCGGACGAUCCUUCACUCUCUUUGAUCAAAUAUGGUGAAAGGAAUUAUGAUCACUUGAUCAUUUUCGCUCCAUCCGUAGAAGAAUUCGGUGGUUCCAUUACUGCUGAGGAGAUUUCCCGGUUUGUUGACGAAGGCGGUAAUCUGUUGGUUGCUGGAGGCUCUAAUCUCGGUAACGCCAUUCGUGAACUGGCUCUCCAACAUGGCUUUGAGUUCGACGAGUCGGAUACUAUGGUCAUCGACCAUAACAAUUACGACGAGCUGCUUGAUGAUGGACACCACACAACGAUCGUUGCUUCCAAGCAGCAACUGUUGAACGCUCAGCUUGUUGUCGGAGAAACUGCAAAAAUGAAUCCAGUUCUAUUCAAGGGUAUUGCCAUGAUUGCACACAAGAAUAAUCGUCUACGCCUCGAAGUGCUGCGUGCAGCAUCCACUGCGUAUUCUUACAAUCCAGCUGAGACUGUAGAUGAGUAUCCCGGUGCCCUUGGACAACAGAUAUUGAUGAUUGGCGCAGUGCAGGCGCGGAACAAUGCUCGUGUGGUUUUCACAGGAUCGGUGGAAAUGUUUUCGGAUGCUUUCCUCUCAGCGGACGUCCAUAAAGUUGGAAGUUCUGAAGAAGCUGUUCGAUCCGGCAACAUGGAACUCGUGACGGCAUUGUCGAAAUGGGUACUCAAGGAGAACGGUGUGUUGCGCGUUAAGAAGGUUGAGCAUCAUCUAGCCGGCAGUAAAGAGGUCCCAAGAGAGUACACAAUCAUGGACGAAGUGGAGUACGCCAUCGAAAUAGAGGAGCUUCACGAAGGAAAAUGGCGUCCAUUCAAUCGAAAAGAUGUUCAACUCGAGUUUGUACGCAUUGAUCCUUUCGUCAGGACAACUCUUGCUUCUAAGAAUGGACGCUUUUCGACUCGCUUUAAGCUGCCGGACGUGUAUGGAGUUUACAAGUUCCUAGUUGAUUACCGUAGAGUUGGAUAUACACAUCUCUAUGAUGUGCAGCAGGUGUCCGUCCGUCCGUUACUGCACACUCAGUAUGAACGUUUCAUUCGAUCGGCGUAUCCAUACUACGCGUCGUCAUUUUCCAUGAUGCUUGGAGUAGUACUGUUCUCGCUUGUGUUCCUCCAUUACAAGGAGCCUCCGAAACCUAUCACCACUGGAAAGAAAACGAACUAG